CGACACGCGGCGUCUGCGCUCCGCAGUUCAGUGGCCGCUGCCCUUACCUCGCACUACGGCAGACCCCAUUCCUGCGCUGGAUCGUCUUAUGGAUCCCACAACUGAAGAUUUAUUGUUAUCAGGCAACAUAAAGACAUUUAAUUCUACAUGGAUUCUUUCCUUCAGACAGUAGAGGAAAUUGAAGAGCUUCUUCAGGACCUCUCUGAGACAUUUAAGACAAGAACCCCAGCUGUCCCAGAGCCACAGCUCUAUAUGCCUCUGACUGUCCAUGAUGAGGAUGGACAACAUGAGUCACCCCAGAACGAGGUGGUGACUCCCCUGAGGCCCACAGUGAUGGCUUCAGCAUGUCCUAGCAUCCCUGAGACAGUCCUUGUCCAGAACCAAACAGUACCCCCUGUUAAAGCCUUGACAUUCCCCCUGGACUCUUAAGUAAGAUUUUUUCCGUGGACCAAAAGAUGACCUCCUUUGAACAGAGAAAAUCAGCAGAAACAUCCCUGAUGACAGAUGGCCAUGACAACCCAAAGGCACUGUUCACUGAUUGCCAAAAGAUAACCACCACUGCAGACAAGAUGACAAUCCUCAAUGAAGGCAGCCAGGUGAAGACCCUCAGCGAUGACCAGACCCUCUAUGGAGGCCAGAUAAUAACUCUUAAAGGGGUCCACAUGAAGACAUUCAGUGGUGACCAGACCCUCACCAAGGGCCAUACAGUGACUUUCAGUGGUAACCAAACCCUAGAUGGGAGCCAGCUGACAACCCCAUGUGAAAAGCAGUGGAGAUCCUCAGUGAUAACCAGACCCACAGUGGAGGUCAGAUGACCGUCAGUGGGGACUAGACCCACUACUGGGGCCAGUUGAAGAUCCUAUGUGAUGACAAGAUCCUCUGUGGAAGCCAGAUGACCUUCAGUGGUGAUCAGACCCUCUAUGGGGGCCAGAUGAAGGCCCCCAGUGCUAACCAGAAUCCCCAUGGAAGCCAGAUGAUCUUCAGUGGGGACCAGACCCCCUACUGGGGCCAGAUGAAGACUCCCAGGGAUGACCAGAACCCCCAUGGAGGCCAAAUAACCUUCUGUGGGGGCCAGAUGAAGACCCCUAAUUAUGACCAGGCCCUCUAUGGAGGCCAGGUGAAGACCUCCAGUGAUGACCAGACCCUCUUUGGGGGCCAGGUGAAGGCCCCCAGUGCUAACCAGAAUCCCCAUGGAAGCCAGAUGAUCUUCAGUGGGGACCAGACCCCCUACUGGGACCAGAUGAAGACUCCCAGGGAUGACCAGAACCCCCAUGGAGGCCAAAUAACCUUCAGUGGGGGCCAGAUGAAGACCCCUAAUUAUGACCAGGCCCUCUAUGGAGGCCAGGUGAAGACCUCCAGUGAUGACCAGACCCUCUUUGGGGGCCAGAUGAAGGCCCCCAGUGCUAACCAGAAUCCCCAUGGAAGCCAGAUGAUCUUCAGUGGGGACCAGACCCCCUACUGGGGCCAGAUGAAGACUCCCAGGGAUGACCAGAACCCCCAUGGAGGCCAAAUAACCUUCUGUGGGGGCCAGAUGAAGACCCCUAAUUAUGACCAGGCCCUCUAUGGAGGCCAGGUGAAGACCUCCAGUGAUGACCAGACCCUCUUUGGGGGCCAGGUGAAGGCCCCCAGUGCUAACCAGAAUCCCCAUGGAAGCCAGAUGAUCUUCAGUGGGGACCAGACCCCCUACUGGGGCCAGAUGAAGACUCCCAGGGAUGACCAGAACCCCCAUGGAGGCCAAAUAACCUUCAGUGGGGGCCAGAUGAAGACCCCUAAUUAUGACCAGGCCCUCUAUGGAGGCCAGGUGAAGACCUCCAGUGAUGACCAGACCCUCUUUGGGGGCCAGGUGAGGGCCCCCAGUGAUGAUAAGACCCUUUAUGGAGGCUGGAUGGAGCCCACCUGUGGUGACCAGAUGUCCCAUGGAGGCCAGAUGACCUUCAGUGGGGACCAGACCCUCUGUGGGGGCCCGCUGACAGCAUACAGUGUUGACAGGACCCUCUGUGGUGGUCAGAUGACCCUUAAGGGGGAUUGUAUGAUGACCUUCUCUGAUGGCCACACUCUCUAUGGAGGCCAUAUAUUGCCAGAUCAAUCACCAUUGUUGCCAUGCUCAGGAGUCCCGUACUUUCCAAGUUGCCCUUUGAUCCAAGGGCAAUCCAUGGAAAAGCAAAAGAGUGAUCUCAAAACCCAGAGAUGUCAGUUCCAAAAGAAACCUGGCACUUCAAAGGCCUACACUUGCGCAUACCAGGACUGUGGGAUAUCAUAUGCAAAGACUUCCCAACUCCGAAUCCAUGAACGCAGACACACUGGGGAGAAGUCGUAUGAAUGCAAUGUGAAGGGAUGCACGUGGAAAUUCCCCCAUACAGAUGAGCUCGGCAGACACAAGAGAAAGCACAGUGGAGAGCGACCCUACCUGUGCACUAAAUGCAACCGGAAUUUUGCACGAUCUGAUCACUUAAAGUAGCACCAAAGAAUCCAUAAAUAAUUUUAGCUCAUGACUACAAACCCAUCAGCCUAUGAAGAAAUGAGUACAGCUGAAGGAUUCUCCCUGCUAAGCCUUUGUUUGCCCAGCCCCUAGCACUUUGCUGGCAUAUAGUAGGUGCUUAAUAUUUUUUGUAAACAAGUUAAGAUUUUCAUUUUUCCUAAGACAUACAAGGAAUACAUGUAUGCAUUUCAAUAGAAUUAAAAGCACUCUUCAUUCAUUGUCCUCUCCAGGGGCUGCUGCUUCUGUCAUGUGCUAUAAUCUUUCUAGAUCUUGCUCUGUGCAUUCACCUCUGUGUGUACAUAUAAAAAUGUAUAUAUGUCAACAAUUGACAUAUAUACAUAGUUCAGGUAUGUAAAGAAUGUAGCAUUCUAUAUCUGAGCUCACGUCUCUUUGGAGCUCCAUUUUUAUGGGGUUAGGGAGAGGAAUACUUGACCACUUCUAGUGUAAAAUGGUCUCAGAUUAAAUAA